UCGCGAUGCAGCUCUUCAUCCUCCUCCUCAUCCUCGUGUCCCAUGUUGCCAUGGUUGCAGCCGUGGCCGGUUGCCACAGCGACAGGGACAAGGACCACCGGCCAAGGAAGAACUGCACGGCGACCGGGUUCAGCGACGUCCCGGCAGGAUUGGAACCCACGACGAAGGUCCUGCUGUUCCCCAACAACCUGUUCUCCAGCCUGUCCUGGGCCUCCUUCCAGGUGUUCACAGAGAUCCACGAGAUCGACCUCACAGGCAACAAGGUUCCAGCCGUGACCCCCAGCGCCGCUGCCGUCCUGCCCAGCCUCAGUGUGCUCCGGCUGGGCUCCAACCAGCUGAAGUCCCUCCCUGCCGGCUGCUUCUCCGCCUGCCCGGCCCUGACUGAGCUCUACCUGGAGAACAACGCCAUCAGCUCCCUGAGCGACGGGACCUUCAGCGGACUCAGCAAGCUGGAGAUCCUGGACCUGACGUCCAAUCAUAUCCAGGUGCUUCCUGCUCUCAUGCUCCACCCCCUCCCAGCCAUAGAGACCAUCUACCUGGAGAGUAACAAGAUCAGGGUGAUGCCAGACGAUUGGUUCAGCAAGAAGGAGGAGGUGCCUUACCUGUUCCUCUCAGCCAAUCCCUGGGCCUGCUCCUGCUCCCUGGGUUACCUGCGCAGGUACCUGGAGGACUACGAACUCAACGUGUACGUGAGGGACGGCCCGAUCGUCAGCAUCGAUGUGGACAGUGUGGUGUGUGACUCUCCGACGAGGCACAAGGGCAAACCUGUGAUGAGUCUGGAAGAAUCGGACUUUUGUUCACCUGCGACAGAACCGGGUCCGAACGGAGAUUUCUACUGGACGACAGUCGCUGCUGCUCUGAAUGACCCGACGACUAAUGCCCCUCCUCCUCCUACUACUAUCCCUCUUGUUACCACAACUACCCCUCCUCCUACUGCCCCUCCUCCUCCUUCUACCACUACCACCCCUCCUACUGCCCCUCCUACUUCGAUAGGUGGAGGGGGAGAGUUGGUCACUCGUGGAGACCGUCCGGACCAGGAGACCGUCCGGACCAGGAGACCGUUCGGACCAGGACACCGUUACUGCAGAUCUGAUCGGAGUCGGGACAUCUCAUCUCCCCCUGACAGGAGGGUCCUGCCCGAGGACGAGGACUCUGUACUGGGUCCCUGCACCAUCAGAGGACUCCUCCAGGCUCAGGUUGGACUUUUCUAUGAAGCAGCAAGAAACAGCAGAAAGGAACCAAUCCGGUUGGACGACAGGUGUGCAGGGCGGAGCUUCACUUCUCUACUGACUGGAAACCACCUGAGUUCAGAGAGACGAGUCCAGGAGAUAAAGACUGGACUUUACUAUNACCACCCCUCCUACUGCCCCUCCUACUGCCCCUCCUCCUCCUUCUACCACUACCACCCCUCCUACUGCCCCUCCUACUGCCCCUCCUCCUCCUUCGACCACUACCACCCCUCCUCCUUCGACCAGUACUGCGACCUUCACCGGACUCAUCGAUCACUCAGACAACCCCAGACCGCAGCGACCGCCCAGUCGGUCCCGUCGUGGGUUUCCGGCGACGCCCUGGACCAGAGGCGGCGCCGUACCGUGGCUGCUGCGGGGGUCUUCUGCGUUUGGCUGUUCGCCGGCUGCCUCAUGCUGAGCGUGGCGGCGGCGGCGUGCGCGGCGGGGACCCUGGCGAGGCUGGUGGUCUGGUACAGGACGGUGUACCGGCCGCUGGCGAGGAGCAGCAGAGGCGGAGUGAGGCUGGUGACGUACGGCAGGGCGCAGGGGGAGGCGGCUGGGGGAGGAGCCACGGCGCUGUAUCGCUCGGUUCUGUUCGUCCACAGAGACGGUGGCGACACCGUGGCAACGGAGGGCGGCGACGAGAGGGGAGUGUACCGGGAGACUGUGCACCGUCUGCAGAGCCGAGAGGAGGCGGUGGAGGGAUGGAGGGAGGCGAUGGAGGAGGAUGACGGGGGGAGGAGGGGAGGAGUGUCCAGGAAGCGCUACAGCGUCAUCCUGAGGGAGGAGCGAGGGAGGCGGGGGGAGGCGGCGGGGGGAGGCCGGGAGGAGCUGCAGUGGGUGGUGGGAGGAUGGGAGGUGACGGGGGGAGGGCGGCAGGAGCUGAGGAGCAGCUGGGGGGAGUGGCUGACGCAGUAUUUACCCAGCAUGCCCUGGGGAUUGGCCACGCCCCCCGACGACAAGGCGGCGCAAUGACAUCACACUGCUCACGUCAGAGCUGAGGGUGACAUGGCAGACACACAACAACCACAAAGAGACACAAAACAGCCACAAAGAGACA